AUGUCCAUCAAGUCGAUCCUUGUCGCCGCGGUGACCAUGCUGGCCAUGGCGCCGCUCCACGCAAACGCGCAUAUAAUCAUGGCGAAUCCUGUACCCUACGGCAAUCCCAACAACUCUCCUCUCGACGCCUCCGGUUCCGACUUCCCCUGCAAAGCCGUACCAUACACCGUCAAAACCAUGAACAACUGGCCCGUAGGUUCCGAGCAGACCCUAUCCUUCACCGGCACAGCUGUCCACGGCGGCGGCUCCUGCCAAAUGAGCGUAACCACCGACAAGGAGCCCACAAAGGAAUCCAAGUGGAAAGUCAUCUACUCCAUCGAAGGUGGCUGUCCUGUUUCUGCCAAGGGUAAUCUCGACGAGAACGGUCCCAGUACCGAUAAUGCCUUCAAGUUCAUUGUUCCUGCUGAGCUUCCCAAUGGAGUCAUGACUACAGCGUGGACAUGGUUCAACAAGAUUGGAAACAGGGAGAUGUACAUGAACUGCGCGCCCAUCACCGUUUCUGGAAGCUCCAACGAUACAGCUGGUUUCGAGGCUCUUCCUGACAUGGCGGUUGCAAAUAUCGGAGUCUCUGCAUCCUGCGGCACAAGCGUCGAGAGCAAAGACUUUACGUUUGAAAACCCCGGAAAAUACGUCAUGUCUGCUGGAACAGGUCCCUUUGCGGAUCUCUGUUCUGGCUCGGCUUCUCAGCCGAAUACGGGUGGUGCUGGUGGUGGUAGUGGCAACGUCGAUGCCGGCACUGGCACUGGUGCUUCAUCAGCCGCUGGCUCGGCUUCCGCCAGCCCUCCUCCGACUCCACCAGCUUCUCAAUCUGUAGUCACACCCUCCUCUGUAGCCGCCGUCUCAUCCACCUUCCGCACUAUCAAGACUGUCACCGCGCCCAUGCAACCUCUACCCUCCAAGACUGACGGCGUAUUCGCUCCAGGUGCAGGAUCCGCUAUUAUUCCCACCGGUUCCGUUGUCGCUCCGUCCGCAGCACUUCGACCAACCGGCCAAUCUCCUGCAGCUCAACCACAGCCGUCCGUCGUACCCUCUCCUGUAGGUCCAAUUACAGGUUCAGGUGGAGAAGAAUGUAGCUCUGACGGUGCCACCGUGUGCUCAGCCGAUGGCAUGCAAUUCGGUACCUGCAACUUUGGCAAGGCGAUUAUGCAGCCUGUGGCCAGUGGUACCAAGUGUGUCAAUGGGGCUAUUGCUAGGCGCGCAUACUACUCGCAUCGUAAUCAGCGUACUGCUGUGUAG